ACUGCCAGCUAGCUCUCAAGCCUUGCGAAACCUUGUCAUUCACUGUAGCCUCGUCAAAAAGAUCGCAGAAUAAGCAGCAAGCAACUUACAGUAAACGUUUGAUUUUGCAUGAACCCUUCUUAUUUGGUCGUUUGCCGAGCGCAUGCCCAGAUUUCCAGCCAGUGCAGCUGGUUCACCAAGGAAGACUGAAUCGCAAAGAUUUUCUCGGAGAAGAUGACAACCUCGUGGAGCGAUCGGCUGCAGAACUACGCAGACCUGCCAGCCAACAUGGAUGGCCUAGCGAUGAAAAAGUACAGAAGAGAACCCUACCACAGGGUGUUUGUAAACAGAAGCCUGGCCAUGGAGAAGAUCAAAUGUUUUGGCUUCGAUAUGGACUACACUUUGGCAGUGUACAAAUCUCCGGAGUACGAGUCCCUCGGAUUUGACCUGACGGUGGAACGCCUCGUCUCCAUUGGUUACCCCCAGGAGCUCCUCAGCUUUGUUUAUGACCCUGCCUUCCCCACCAGAGGUCUCGUGUUUGACACCAUGUACGGCAACCUGCUGAAGGUUGACGCCUACGGAAACAUCCUGGUCUGCGUCCAUGGGUUCAAUUUCUUGCGAGGGCCUGAAAUCCGAGAGCUGUACCCCAACAAGUUCAUCCAGCGGGACGACACUGAGCGCUUCUACAUCCUCAACACCCUCUUCAACCUGCCAGAAACCUACCUCUAUGCUUGCCUGGUGGACUUUUUCUCGAAUUGUGACCGAUAUGCCAGCUGUGAGACAGGAUUCAAGGACGGAGACCUCUUCAUGUCCUUCAAAAGCAUGUUCCAAGAUGUCCGGGAUGCGGUAGACUGGGUCCACUUUAAGGUAAGCAGCAGCGAGAAGACCGUGGAGAACUUGGAGAAAUAUGUUGUGAAAGAUGCCAAGCUGCCUCUUCUUCUGAGCCGAAUGAAUGAGGUCGCCAAGGUGUUCCUGGCAACCAACAGUGACUACAAAUACACAGACAAAAUCAUGACGUACCUGUUUGAUUUCUCCCACGGUCCAAAGCUGGGUACGCCUCAUAGACCGUGGCAGUCGUAUUUCGACCUGAUCCUGGUCGACGCCCGGAAGCCGGUGUUCUUUGGGGAGGGAACAGUGCUGAGGCAGGUGGACACAACCACGGGGCGACUGAAGAUCGGGACCUACACUGGGCCCCUGCAGCACGGCAUUGUCUACUCCGGAGGUUCUUCAGAUAUCGUAUGUGACCUGCUAGGCGCUAAGGGCAAGGACAUUGUGUACAUUGGGGACCACAUCUUCGGCGACAUCCUGAAGUCCAAGAAGCGGCAGGGCUGGAGGACCUUCCUGGUGAUCCCAGAGUUGGCCCAGGAGCUGCAUGUGUGGACCGACAAGAGCUCGCUAUUUGAGGAGCUUCAGGGUCUGGACAUUUUCCUGGCCGAACUCUAUAAGCACCUGGACAGCAGUAGUAAUGAGAGACCAGAUAUCAGUGCGAUACAGAGACGGGUCAAGAAAGUGACCCACGACAUGGACAUGUGCUACGGCAUGAUGGGAAGCCUGUUCCGCAGCGGUUCGCGGCAGACGCUGUUCGCCUCACAGGUGAUGCGCUACGCUGAUCUCUACGCGGCCUCUUUCAUCAACCUCCUCUACUACCCCUUCAGCUACCUCUUCAGGGCCUCCCAUGUGCUGAUGCCUCACGAGUCCACAGUGGAGCACACGCACGUGGACAUCGAUGCCGAGUCACCUCUGGCCACCCGCAACCGCCACUGUGUCGACUGCAAGGACUCGGACUGCAAGCGCAACCAGAUGACGCGCUCCAUCAGCGAGAUCAAGCCGCCGCACCUCUUCCCACUGACGCCCCAGGAGAUCACCCAUUGCCACGACGAAGACGACGACGAGGAAGAGGAGGAGGAGUAAGGCGAUAUCAGACCAGAGACAUGCAAGCUUGAUAUUUUGUUUUGUUUUGUGUGUCUCCUGUGGUUUGUUUUCUUUUUUUUUUUUU